AACAAAAAUAUUGAAACGUCAAUUUUUUGUGAUGCGAUUCCGAGAUUUCGAAGCGAACCACGGACAACGUUUUAUAAAAUAUUUUUUUUUGAUAAUUAUUUUGUGCUAAAGUUUGUGCUUUUAGUUGAGAUUUCGAAUUGGUGGAACAGCGAUUGAUUAAUUUUAGUGUAGUUCGUCGCACUUGGCAAAUAGUUGUUUUCCCUUCGAAUUACUAACACAUUUGAUAAGGGGAAUCCUUCGAUCCAGAUAGAAUGGAGACCACAGGAGCUUCUCCGAAACAGAAACGACGUCCGCGAAAGCAUAAACCAAGACAGCAUCUACAUUCAAAGGAAGAACCGGUUCAGCUGGUAGCUGCCUCUCCGAAAGAAUCUAAGGUAGAAACAAAUAAGGAAAACUUUCAACAGCUACUUCAGACCGAUCAAACCGGUCAGCUGAAUAGGAAUCCAAGUAAACGCCAACGAAAGCGCAAUAAAGGAAAGAAACAGGAAACGAAUUAUCAAGAAGUGCAGUCGAUUUCUUAUAAAGAUAUUUUCCCUAAAGCGCAAAUAUUUCCUGCAGAGGCACGGAAAGUUCUAAAAAAGAGAGAGAAACUACAACCUACCAGUAAUAGUGGAACAUCUGCACAAAAAAUUCGGAACAAUUUCGAUAAAAAUCGAUCAAUUCAGAAUAUUGAACCUGAACGAAUAUUCCCUGCUUUCACCGUUGACACAGAAAAGCCCAAAGCAACAAUUUCUGUUAUUUAUAACAUUCGAUUGGAAGAUUUGUUUCCAACGCCUGGGAAUUAUACCUUUGAGAAUAAUGCGGUACCGCGAAAGGUGAAUCGAGUCCAUACGCCUAAACUAGUACCACGCCAAGAAAAAGCACACGCAUUUGCAGGAAUUCAAGAUAUAGCAUUGGACGACAUUUUCCCAAAAGAUCCUUGUCGUGUUGAUUCAGCAAAAAACUCUAAAGAAAGCAUGAAUUCUCCUAAAGAAGAAAAGUCCCGUGAAGAAGUGAUGGCAGAACGAGAAGCUAAGAAAGCUGCGAAAGCCGCAACGAAGGGUAAAGGGAAAGAUAAGCCUAAACCUGUGGGGCUGCAAGAAUCCACGCCGUUGCAAAAGUCAAGUACGGAUUCAAGUCUCUCUGAAAAGCUCGACAAAUUGCACAUAUCAGAUCCACCAGCAAAUGCCCAACCCGCGGUUGGUUUACCAGCUCAAUCCACCAAGCAACUUAGCAAAGCUGAGCGUAAAGCGCAGUUCGAAUCUAAAAACCCCGAUUUGGCCAAACCAAAACCCGCCACUAAACCGACAACAUCAAAAGCCGAACGCCGAGCCAUACAGGAAGCCCAACGAGCUGCCAAGGCUGAAGUUCAGGUCAAAAAGGCUGCCCCUGCCGUGAAAUCCAGUGCGGAAUCUUCUACCAAGGCUGAUACCCCAGUGGCGAAAAAAGAAACUACUCCACCCUCUAGCAAACAGCCGAAGAAAACCGUUAAAGCUACCGACUCGCCACAGCAGCAACCGCACAUGGUCAAACUAUUCAACCACCUCUACACGAAAAAGUUCGCCGCUUCGGAAAUUGUCAAUUCCAGCCAGCUGCAUCCCGCAAUAACGAAGCUUGGUCUUCAGUAUGCCGAAGGCGUCAUGGCCGGAUCCAAGGCUCGCUGUUUGGCCUUUCUGAAAGCUUUAAUGCAAAUGAUCAACGAUUAUGAGACGCCUCCGGAGAAAGAAUUUUCCCGUGGGUUCGAAGAAAUUCUCAAGCCGAACAUAACUUUUCUGCAAAAGUGCCGACCCUUUUCCGUGUCCAUGACCAAUGCACUGAAAUACAUAAAGAUGUACACCAGGCAACUGAACCCCAAGGAUUCGGACUCUGAUCAAAAGGUAUUUCUUCAGGAAGCAAUCGAUACCUACGUCCGGGAUCAGAUCGAGAAAGCUGAGGAGGCGAUCAGCAUUUCGGUCCAAGAAAAGAUUUACGACGGCGACGUCAUUCUCACCUACGGCUGCUCGUCGCUGAUUAAACACAUUCUGGAGGAAGCGAACCAUCGGAACAAGAACUUCCGAGUGGUGAUCGUGGAUUCGCGACCACGCAACCAAGAGCAUGAAAUGCUCCGCCAGUUAGUGGCCCAAGGAAUCGACUGUACCUGCGUACUUAUUAACGCCAUCAGCUACGUCAUGCCGGAGGUGACCAAGGUACUCCUCAGCGCCCAUGCCCUGCUGGCCAACGGAUGUGUGAUGUCCCGCGUGGGAACGGCCCAGAUUGCGCUAGUGGCCAAGUCCUACAACGUCCCGGUGCUUGUGUGCUGCGAAACACACAAGUUUAGCGAGCGUGUUCAGACGGAUGCAUUCGUUUAUAAUGAAAUUGGCAAUCCGAACGAUCUGAUUUUGAACUCGGGCACUCGGGAGAAUCGAUCAUGUAAUCCGUUGGCCGAGUGGGAAUCGAUCAGUCAUCUGACGCCGCUCAACUUGCACUACGACGUGACCCCGCCGGAACUAGUGACGGCCGUCGUAACUGAGGUGGCCAUUCUUCCGUGUACGAGUGUCCCCGUUAUCCUGCGUAUCAAGCCUUCCGAGGUUGGGUAUUGAUGGGAAUGUUAGCGUAGGUAUGUACGACAGAUUAUUUUGAACGCCGUUUAAAAAAAUACCCUAAAUAAAGAGAAAAAAUGCUUCUUUUAAACGAACUCCCAGUAA